AACAACAGCUGUUCUGUUCCGGAUAUUCAAAACUGUAAAGUUUCAUUCCACCUGCAUUUAUCUUUGCCGGGAAAACAUUUUAAUAUCCUGGAAGCCACCUCUAAAAACAGUUUAAUACAUCAUUGGUAAUGUCACAAAAGGAAUCCUCAAAUUUAGAAUUACUAUGCCGCACCUGCAUGACCGCCAUACCAGAGCAUGCAGCGGAUGACAGAAGGUGUCUUUCCGAUAAAGUUCGUGGCAGGAAGGAAUCCAUCAGGGAAUUUCUGCAAACUCUUCAACCACAUAUACGAAUUGACAUGGAAGAUAAGUUAUCCAAAGUUAUAUGCUAUGGAUGUGUCCAACAGUUGCAGCAAAUUUCUGACUUUUUGCUGGUGUAUGCCAAAUCAGAUGAAAGUCUGCGAAAACUUUUGAAGGAAGCCAAAGAGCAAGAGGAGAAUUCCCAAAAACUUAAAGAAGUGGCGAAUAGCUCUAAAAUAUAUGUCGAUGAAUAUUCCAUUAUAAAACUAGAAGCCGAAGAACCCCAGCAGGAGGAGGGUAGCGCCACACUUAAAGAAUCACAUCCUGAGUUCGAAGCCAUGUUCAUUGAAAAUAGUUUGCCUAAAGAUGAACAAGAUACCAUAGAUUUUUCUGAUAAUCCCAUUGAUAGAGGUAGCAACAGUAGUAGCAAUGAAGCGGAGGAUGAAUGGAUGCCACUGAAGAAAAGCAAACGAAGCUCCUCAAAAAAGUCUGCACUGCAAGAUAGGAUAUUGAAGAAACCUUUUAAACCUCCAAUUGCCAAAACACCUGGGCAUACAAAGAAACCAGUUUCAAAACCACCUGCGAUAAUUCCAAAACCACCUAUACCAAAUGAAGAUAAUACCUUGACCUGUGAGGAAUGUGGAAAAAUCCUGCCUGAUAUAUCACAUUGGCAAGAGCAUAUUCUAGAACACAAACCAGCCACGGAGGAGGGUCCUCGAAAAAGGGGGAGACGAAAAAUACUUGUACCAAAAACCUUCAAAUGUGAAAUUUGUACGAAAGUAUUCAGUAGGAGAAGCAUUUACAACACCCAUGUGCUCAUACAUUCAGGUAACUUUAGUUGUCUAGAGUGUGGCAAAAAGUUCAAAAGCUAUGAUAAUCUAAAUCAGCAUAUGCUUUGCCACAAGGGAGAAAGAUUCGAGUGUAAGACAUGUGGAAAAGAAUACUCCGAUGAGGACGAUUAUGAUGUCCAUGUACUCUCUCACAAAAAUGAUGAACCUUUCCAAUGCAAGGAAUGUGGCAAAGUGUUAAAAACUCUUUUCGGCUUACGCACCCAUUUGUUGAGGCAUAAAGGUGAAAAAAAAUAUCAAUGUCCCCAUUGUCCGAAAAGUUUUGUGGUGCGCAGUGGCCUGUAUGGACAUGUGAAACAGCAGCACGAGCAAAGAAAUGCAUUUUUAUGCGAUAUAUGUGGCAAGAGUUUUCGAAUGGCCGACAAUCUGAAUAAGCACAAACGUUGUCACAGCGAAGGGCAAUAUGCUUGCGAGUACUGUGAUAAACGCUUUGUAACACCCGACAAACAACGCCGCCACAUGCGCACCCAUACCGGCGAAAAGCCUUAUCGCUGUAAAUUCUGUGAUCGUGCCUAUACUCAAAGCAAUGAAUGCGUCAAACAUAUGAAACAACAUCUGGGUGAGAAUAUCUAUCUGUGUGAGCUGUGUCCUAUGCGUUUCCCUUUGGUCAGAGAUAUGAGGGUACACUUUGCCACCCACAAAGAUGAUGAUGCGCAGACUAGGGCACGCAAUUUGGAGGCUCGAGAAAUGGAGGAGCGAAAAAUUAAACUCAAAUUUGGUCUAAGUUAGUUUUAUUUUCCCAAAGGAUAAGGUUUAGAACAAAAAGUAUGACAAUUAGCAAACAUGUUUAGAAAAUUAAAAAAACCAAAACUCCAUUAUUUUUUGUUACCAGUUUGAUCUACAAUCCAUUUGAAUAUUGCACUUCACAUUUGGCAUCCAAGGCUUGUCUCUCGCUGGGGAAUAGACCCAAAAAUUCCAUUACCAACUUUUGUUUCUUCACAUAAUCGUUUUCUUGAUUGAAUUUAUUCAACCACACACGAAUAUCAUCCUUGGGCGAUUGAUCUGAGCCAUUUAGAUAUUCCUGCACUUCUGUGCUCAGGGUUGUAUAGAAAUGUUCAUAAUUGGUCUUUAUCUCUGAACGCAGAGGUGUCACAAAGUUCAGAUAUUUUUCCACCCAACCACGACGAAGCUUGGCACUGUCAACGGAAUCGAACAGCGAUCUUAUUUCAUGGUGUUCGUGUUUCAAAGACCACUGUUUCUUGCAGUUAUGGGGAUCAGUGGAAAGCUCUUUCAGGAGAUUCAAACAAUUGUUGAUGUGCAUGAUUAGAGCAUUAUAGAUGGAUGA